AUGGAGCUCAAAUCUCGCUUUCAUUAUGGUCCGGUUAUAUCUGUGGCUUUCAAUACAGAAUUUCUUUUAGUGGGUCAGGGUCCACUUCUCAAAGUGUACCGGUUUGCUACUGGUGAGCUGAUUGACACCCGGCAAGUAUUUCGACGAAACAAAAUUCACGGAUUUUCCAUAGUUGAUGACCUUGUUUUAAUUUGGGGUGGCCGAUCGUUAAUAGUUGUUGGCAUUAAUGAUGGGCAAAUCAAUGCAUUUCAACCCGAGCGGUUUCACAAUGAUUGGAUUGUCUACGGACAUUUAAGCAAAGAAAAGUUAUAUUUUCUUAUUUUAACUGCACACAACACCGUUUUCAAAGUUUCAGCAGACCCAUCAGCAAAGAUUUUGAACAUUUACGAAAAUCCCGAGGAAAAUAGUAUUCUAUACUCUGGCUCCAUCAAUGUCGGGAGCAAUGAUGAGCGAGUUUUGGUAGCUGCUGGAACUGUACUUAAUGGUGUUAUUGUGUGGGAUUUGGAGACAGGUAAGACCUUGCAUAACUUGACGGCACAUGAAGGUUCCAUUUUUGGCGUCCGUUUUUCUCCAGAUAAUAAGUACCUGUUAAGCUGCUCCGAUGACAGAUGCAUCAUACUUUGGGACCUUGAAACCAGUCUCCAGGUGGCAGCAGGGUGGGGCCAUCUGGCUCGCAUUUGGGAUAUCAAGUUUUACAGAUACCAAUCUAGCAACCAACUGACAGUUGUCAGUGCCUCGGAAGACUGCACCGCGCGUGUAUGGACGCUGCAGGGCGACAAGUUAGUAACUGCACGUGUGAUGGAAGGUCAUUUAGGCCGUAAUACAUGGUGCUGUGCGCUUGACGAUGUACGGGGGGUUUUAGCAACAAGUGGGUCUGACGGGCGUGUUAGAUUGUGGGACCUAGACGAGCCUCAAGACAUUGAUCAAAACCGAAGAUUACUCUCAGUUCCAGGCCAAGGAAAAGAGGUAUUUAAAAGUUUUAAAAUCUUGGGUGAGACUAUUGUUUUGACCACGUCUGCGGGGAAUGUUUAUUCGUUUACAGGAGACAAGUACAAGCGAAUUGCAGAUGCAGUGUCGAAUGAUUCAUACCUUAUUGUCAAAGGCUGGGCCAGCGCACAGGCAGCAGUUGUUGCGUACCGGGAUGGAUCUUGUUUAAUUAUUUCUUCGGAAAAGACAAUUAAGAUGGAAAACCCAUUGAAGGCCAAGCUGACUGAUAUUCAUACUUGGGAGUUUGGUGACAAGUACUACCUUUUGGCACAGUCUCAAAAUCCUAAGGAUCCUUUUGUGGUAACGAUUUUUGACAAGUUUUUGGAAUUGGAGUCACAGAUUGGGCUUACCCCUGCACAAACAUUCUUGCCAAUUUCUUUGGAAAUGGUGAGCAGCACCAGUCUUUUUUUGGGGUCUCGACAUGGUGCGGUAGCUUACUACGACUUUGCAAAAUCUAUCGAACCGCAAGGGUGCUGGCGACAAGUUUUUUCAUCAGACGGCAUCACAUCGCUGAAAUUCGAUGAGACUACUAGCACACUGCACAUGACCUCUCGCGGGGGCUUUUUCGGUGCUGCGCAAAUUGAAUUUUCACCUCUGGAGUUUAACCUUGUGAGUUCCAACAAGCUGCAGAGAGGGAGUAUUGAGGGUCAGCACCGGACGCCAGACAGGACAGUGUUUUGGGGGUUCCGAAACGAUUUAUUUUUUGUCUGGAACGAGACUGAGCAAUAUGAGAUUAUGAAUGAGAAGUGUGGUGGUCCACAUCGGAAUUGGGAUUUCGACAUGAACACAAGAACAGUAUUUGCAUACUCCAAAACGUCCCAGGUGAUGGUUAUGCAAAGUCCGCGGGAAUUUAAAUUUGGCAAGACGUUGUUACAAGACGGAACACAUGGUCGCGAGAUCCGUGCAAUUGCAUUUUGGCCUGGAGAAGGGCUUGGGGAUCAUACAAAGGUGGUUGCAACGGCGUCAGAGGAUACGUGCAUUCAUGUUUCAGUGUUAGAUACAUUAACAGGAGCUUUGAGUCCUCGGUGUGUGCUGCCGAAGCACGUUUCAGGGAUUCAAGCGUUAAAAUGGUCGCGUGACGGAGAAUAUCUAUACUCGAGUGGUGGUCGUGAGGAGUUUUUCAUUUGGCGUGUGAGAGUUAUUCCUCGGUUGGAUGAGCUUCCUGACGUGUAUGCGACACCUGUUGCCAUUGUUCCACCAAGUACUGACGUUGCAGACCUGCGUAUUAUGGAUUUUGCCGUUGUGCGAAUUAAGGGGACCAACAAGGAUGUUAUUGUUGCUGCGUAUUCUGAUUCUGCGCUGCGUGUGUUUGUAUAUGACGGAGCAGAAGAAAGUUUCAAGCUUGUUGGCCAGGGACGAUACCGGACAUGCUGUUUGUUGAAUUGUAACCUUAUUGUGGAUGCAUAUACGUCAUCUGCUAUGCUUAUAAUUAGCUCGACAGAUGGCCAUGUUGUUGGUUGGAAUUUGACUUUUGCCCUUCAAAGUCACUGCGGAAUUGUAGUUAAAGAUGGCGAGCUUGUUGAACAAGAGGGAAAUCCUAAUGAUAAACGAGCAGAGUUUGAGUUGGGGCCAUGGGAUUUCCGGCUACAGAUCCACCAAUCAAGUGUUAAGGAUUCUAUUUUAAUUUCGCGUGGAGCUGGACUUUAUCAUCACAUUGGCGGCGGUGACGACAAUGCACUAAGUUUGAGCACGAUUCAAAUUGAAGGCAGUGAUGGCAGUGUUUCAGCGGAUAAGCUUGAUUGCGUUGAGUCUGCACAUGCGUCUACAGUUACAGGAUUGGCCAGGACGAUAACUGUUGCUGACGGGGCGUGUAGUGAGACCACCACGUUUGUUUCAGUGGGCGUGGACCAAAACGUGCGGAGUUGGCGGGUUGGCGAUGGAGAGAAGCUGGAGAUGGAGAAGAGCGUUUACACUACAGUUGCAGAUACCGGGUGUGUUGCAAGUACUUGUGGGCAGGGCUCGGCUGAUGAGAAAGAAGGGAACAUUGUUCUUCUUGGUGGUCUUGGCCUUUCGUAUUGGAGUUGUUGCAACUAG